CAGAAGGGGGCAGACAGAACACAGCUCAAAAAGAGACGCUGGUGUCGCAACAGCUGCCUUGGCCUGUUUCUGUUCCUGGUCGUGAUGAUGACUGUGGUCAUCCUGGAAGUUGACCUCAAAGAACAGAUCUCACCUUCAACAACCAAGCCAGCAGCAAACAUGUCCCGAGGACCGUACCAUGUACAAUACCCACAUGAGUACUCCUUCAUCCUGGAUGAGCCAGAGAAAUGCCGGGAGCAGAACCCCUUCCUGGUUCUGAUGGUGCCAGUGGCGCCCUAUAACAGGGAGGCCCGUGAGGCCGUCCGCAGGACUUGGGGCAGUGAGAGGCAGGUACUGGGCAGAGAGGUCCGUCUGUUCUUCCUGCUGGGACUGCCCAGUGGAGAGGAGACAGAGCAGCUCCAGGAGAAGGUGCUGCAGGAGAGCAAAGAGCACCAGGAUCUGCUGCAGAGCAACUUCAUAGACAGCUACAAAAACCUGACCAUCAAGACCAUGGUGAUGAUGGAGUGGCUGAGCUCUCGCUGCCCCAACGCCUCCUACGCCAUGAAGAUCGACUCAGACAUGUUCCUCAACGUGAACACCUUGGUCAACAUGCUUCUUCACGCUCCAACGCAAAACUACAUGACUGGACUAGUGGCCCGAUGGGGAGCCGUUCUAAGAGACCGUAACUCCAAAUGGUACCUUCCAAAGGAGGUGUUUCCUGAACCAGUAUACCCACCUUAUGCUCUGGGCCUGGGCUAUGUCUUCACCUUAGACCUCCCCAGGAAGCUGGUGGAGGCGUCCAGGCAUGUUAAAGCCGUCUACAUAGAGGAUGUGUAUCUGGGACUGUGUAUGAGACACCUGGGCAUCCGGCCUACUGACCCCCCCAGUGGAAACCUUUUUCAGGGGUAUGCAGGAGCCCAGGACCGCUGUCACUACAUGGCUGUUAUCACGACCAUCCUCGACACUCCUCAGGAGCUUCUGGACAUAUGGAGAAACUUGCACCAACCUGGGCCUGUCUGUUAUUGAAAACAACACUCUGGGAAAGACAAAUAGCCUUGAGGUUAGAGCGUUGGGCCAAUAACCCAAAAGGGUGAUGGUUCCAAUCCCAGAGCUGACAAAAUGGCAAAUCUGUCACUGUGCCUUUGAGCAAGCACUUAACCCCAGUGCUCCAUGGGAGCUGGACAAUGGUGUCCCUCACCGGGACCUCGCUCCCUGUGGGUGUCUUGUUUGAGCUGUGACUUUCUAUUGGAUGCUUUUCUCUGGGUGUGGUAGAGAGGGAUUGCCUUAUCUCUGUGUUUCUGUGGGUGUGGUAGAGAAGGGUCACCUUAUCCCUGUGUUUCUGUGGGUGUGGUAGAGAAGGGUCACCUUAUCUCUGUGUUUCUGUGGGUGUGGUAGAGAAGGGUCACCUUAUCUCUGUGUUUCUGUGGGUGUGGUAGAGAAGGGU